AUGACUACUACUAAACCAGUUAUAUUAGGGGUUUUAGCCUUACAAGGUGCAUUCAGAGAACAUAUAGCAUAUUUCAAACAUCUCAUAGAUUCAAACCCAACAGAGUAUUCCGCUUAUGAUUUUAAGAUUAUAGAAGUAAAAACUAAACAAGAUCUAGAACUGUGUGAUUCAUUGGUCAUUCCUGGUGGCGAAAGUAGUUCAAUGUCUUAUAUUGCAGAAAGAACCCAAUUAUUACCAGAAUUGUACAAAUUUGUUGCAGAUGAAUCAAAAUCCAUUUGGGGAACUUGUGCUGGAUUAAUCUUCUUAUCAAAGCACUUAAUCAAUGGUAUUGAUGAGCAGAAAACAUUAGGUGCUUUAGAUAUAGAAGUUAGUAGAAAUGCAUUUGGUAGACAAAUUGAUUCAUUUCAACAACCCCUUGAUUUCAGCAAAUUCGUUCCUGAUUGUCAUGAUUUUCCAACCGUUUUCAUCAGAGCCCCAGUUGUUACCAAGAUAUUAGAUCAAAAGGAUUAUGCGAAAGAGCAAGGUGUGUUGAAAUCAGAGAAUACUUAUCAAAAUAAAGCUCCGGUGGAAAUAUUAUAUUCGUUGAAAAACUACGAUGGUAAAGAUAAUGAAUUGAUUGUUGCGGUAAAACAAGGACAUAUUUUAGGAACAUCUUUCCAUCCAGAAUUAGCAGAUGAUUAUAGAUUUCAUAAAUGGUUUCUUGACGAAUUUGUACUCAAGAAAGUAAAUGCUGUAUAA